UCAGCUGUAGAUUCUGCGUUCGGCCCGGCAUGUUCAGCAAUGCCGCGCGGCGAAUGGGGCAGACUGCCAAUCAAUACAGAUGGGCUGGUCCUGUGGCGCUGGGCAUCAUCGGGGGCAUCCCUGCCUACUUCACCUAUGAUCACUUUGCCACCCUGCGCUUGGCAAAGGACUACGAGAAGCUGGUUAGAGACAAGUGCUACAUGGACAUCAGCAUUGGGAACCAGUACGCCGGCCGCAUCGUUUUCGGGCUCUACUCCGACAUAGUCCCACUGACCUGCGAGAACUUCGUGCAGCUCUGCAAGGGCUACCGGGUCAAGGAUCGGGUCAUAGGAUACCAGAACACUCUGAUCCACAAGAUCAAGCCGGGCGCGGCCAUUUCAGGUGGUGACGUGAUUGAGGGAUCUGGCAAGACGAGGGGCCUGAGCAUCUACGGGGAGGCUUUCCCGGACGAGAACUUUGAGGUCAGCUUCGUGCGGGAUGGCGACCUGGCCAUGUGCAACUGGGGCAAGAACACCAACUCGUCGAUCUUCAUGAUCACCUUAUCGCAGCAGCGCGCCUUCACGAACCACCACGUGUGCUUCGGAACCGUCCUGAGAGGCAUGCGCGUGGUGCGGCAAAUCGGCGAGCUGGGCACCCGCGUUGGAAGACCUGCUAUGGCGAUCCGCAUCGUGCAGUGUGGCGUGCUCGAGGGGGAGGAGGAGCCUCCGCCGCCCACGGUGGCGGACUUGGUGGAUGACUCCGUGCCCCUCAUGACGGAGGAGGAGUUCCGGUCUGCAAGCGAGCACAAGAAGCCGGCCGCCGCCCAGCCAUCGUAAAAGGCGCACGCCCGGCCCAAAGGAGCGCCCCUGAUUUUCGGCCGGAA